CCUUGUGCAACACACUACACACGACCAUAACUUGCGGGAUUGACCAUGCGGAUGGAAUGUUCUAGUGUGAAUAACUUGAUAAAAUUGUAUCUUCCCGAUUUUCAUAUACGAAGGCGUCCGUGUUUAAGAAAUUGUAAAAGAUAUAAAAGUAUAGAUCAACCGAAAUAAUAAAAUGCCGAAGAAAAACAAAAAGGGGAAGGGGGCAAAGCCAAAGGCAACUCUAGAUUCAUUGCCGACAAGUGAGGAUGACAGAGAAACGGCUGAUAACUGGAGCACGGCCAGUAUUCUCUCUGAUGAUGGACAACAAAGCAGCCUGUCAGAAGAAGGAGCAGGCCCUGAUGAAUCUACUGCUCAGGAGAAUUUUGAGGACAAGCUGAAAGACUGUAUUGAUGGACUAGCUGAGAAAAGUGCACAGACCAGGAAGACAGCUUUAGAUGGAGUAGCAAAGGCUCUGUCAAAGAAGUACAUCAUGGACUUCCUCAUGGAAAGGAAGGUGACUUUGACCGAUUACCUGUUGAAGUGUCUGAAGAAAGGCAAGGGAGACGAGCAGGUGCUUGCUGCCCGUUGCCUGAGUCUACUGUGUAUGCAGAUGGGGCUCGAGGCGGAGGACAUCUUCAGUGAGAUACAACCUCAGCUACUGACCGCCAUGACAGAUAAUUCUGUAGCCCUCAAGGCCAGGUCACAGUGUGCCAUUGGCUUGGCUGUCUGUAAUUUCGUGUCCUGCACAGAUAUUGAUAUUGUAGUUAAGGUGCUUGAUGCUUUGGAAGGGAUUUUCAAAACCUCAUACAGAAAGGGUGAUAAAUCCAUCCCGUCCCAUACACCAGACACCACACAUCUACACGCCUGUGCUCUAUCGGGGUGGAGCCUCUUGUUGUCUAUAGCCCCAUCUUUCCUAGUUAUGAAAUGUUUAGAAAAACACAUAGAUCACCUGCCUGACCUGUUACACAGUUCAGACGUAGAACUGAGGAUAGAAGCGGGUGAGACCCUGGCUCUGCUGUAUGAACUGGCUAGGGAGGAAGAUGAGGACUUUGAAGGAAAGGAUAUUGACAACCUGUGUGAGACACUAAAGAAACUAGCCACAGAUUCCAACAAAUACCGUGCCAAAAAGGACAGACGCCAGCAGAGGUCAAGUUUCAGGGAUGUCCUAAGGGCAGUAGAGGAAGGGGAUGUACCAGACCUAACAAUAAAAUUUGGAACCGAGUCCGUGUUGAUUGAUUCCUGGACCAGGAAGAAGCAGUAUGAUGCCUUCUGUUUAGUCCUGGGAUCCGGAGUCUAUCAGCAUCUGCAGGAUAACAUUGUGGUUAGGGAAGUAUUUGGACUAGGGGCACCUAUACCUGUUGGCACUAAACCAGUUCAGAAAAUCACUAAAUGGGAGAGAACCCACUACAAUGCUGCAGCCUUUAAGGCUCUCACCAAAGCUCGCUCCAAGCACAGAGACAAACGAUCAGUCAUGGUAAAUGGGGAUUGACAAACAGCAUACUAGAAGACUGCUACAUCUUUUUAACUUGUUUAGUGGCAUCCUUUGAAGAUGUACUCCUAAUUAUCUGUGAUUGCGUCAUCGUCUGCGGUUGGCUUGAUGAUGUCAUCAUCAAAUUUUGAUGUAAAAUGUUGGUGUGUGUGCUCACACUGGUAACCAGUUGUAUUGAUUUGUGAAAAACCUCCUAUAAUUAUGCUAUAAACAUAUAUAUCUUUAUGCACAUUAGAAACCAAUUAUUUAUUGAAGUCAUAAAAUGUAUUUUAGUUUUCAUGGUUUGUGAGUGUUUGUGCCAUCAUAGGCAUCAUUUGAUCUGAUUUUAGAAAUGUCUAAGGUAUAUGUAUUUUUCAUUGAUUUUAUUUUUUGAUGAAUGAAUGUAUGUAGUCACACCCCCUUCAAAAAUGGAGCAGUUUGAAUGUUAUUGAAAAUAACUUUCUAGUUCCUUAUAUAUCCCAUGAAUGAAAGAGCUAUUGGAUUGCUUAUACAUGUAUAUGAUUAUAAUGUAUGUGUAUGACUUCAUUGUUGCAGUGCUUUUUUGUCCAUUUUUUUAAACACAUUUUGAAGUUAAUUAGAAUGUUAGAAGGCUUUCCUUAGUUACUGUAGGUUCACUUGAUUUGAAGUCAAGACAAAGUUGUCUUUCACUGCCAUUCCAAGAGAUUUUUUUCCCCCAAAUUAUGACUUUUUUGUUUGAAUUGCAAUAAGGUGCAAGUUUUCAACAAAGAAAAUGUUAUAAAUAUAACAUUCAAAACCAUUUUGAUAUUGAUCAUUAUGCAUAAAUAUCCUCCCAAAGUUAAUAUUGUUAAAAAUAUGGCAAUUAAUGUUUUGCAAAAAUGGUAUCAAAGAUAAAAUUUUCAUGAAUUCUGCUUGUGUUGUAUAUAAUCUAUGAAAAUAGAAGUAUUUGUGAGAAUGAAAUUCUCACAAGCAGUCUUUCUUGUGCAAGUACGUAAAAAUAAAGUUCUUGCAAUUAAAAAGUGAAUUACAGUA